ACACGUAAAUCUUCCUUCAAAAAGAAUUGCUGAAGCUGAACAUGCAGGCAACGUGAAGUGAUGAGUUGUUGAAACAGCACAUAUGCAUGUUCAAACCUAACAUCACCAUGUUUAAUUACAUCUCUAAACAUCAUUAAUUACAUAAUUUCUUCAUUGAACAGACCCAAAGACAGAUCUCUCUUCACCUUCUUUCACCCAAAAGCAACUGCCAUGGAAGCUUUCACGACCUUGUUAGUGCUUCUCACGAAAGUACUCGUCUGUGCAACUAACCCGACGGACAUUCCUUCAAGAAGCCAAGACCUUGUCGUUGCCACUGACGAGAUGGCAAGAGCCAACUACUUCAGUUUCGUCAUGCUCAUUAACAUGUCCCCACUUGAUCAGAAAUUUCAGGGGAAUGUCACUUUCUUGAUGCCCAAGGAUCGUAUAUUGUCUAAAAUCAGGAUGCAUCAACAUGCUGUUUCUGAUUUUUUGCUUCGCCAUUCAAUCCCAUCACCCUUGCUCUUUGAUCACCUGCGACAUAUUCCACCAGGCUCGCUGAUUCCCAGUUCCGAUCCGGAUUAUAUGCUUAACAUUGACAACCAGGGAAGGAAGAGUUUCUUUCUCAACAAUGUCAAGAUCUCCAGCCCAGAUCUAUGCACUGCAGGAUCUUCAAUUAGAUGCCAUGGCAUCGAUGGUGUGCUAGUAGCUACGGAAAGGCAUCCUUUACCUGCUUGUUCCAACAGCACAAGUCCUGCUGUUGUGGCCACACCACCAAGCCCAUCACUCCCAUUACCAGAUAUUCCAUCAUUUCCAUCAUCAGCGCCUCCUCCUGGUGCUGCUGCGCCGACAGACCAAGAGCACAACCCAAAACAUUCAGGCUCAUCCCAACUAGAAAGUCUCUCUCUUGGAGGUUUAUUAAAAUUCUUGGCGACUUCUAUUUUGGUGUUAAAUGCUCGGGUUCUCUAUGCAGUGAGACUGAAUUAAAGGAUUUGGAGAAGCGUACACAACGGGGCACAUGCAGAACAUUUUUUUAAUGAAUUAUUCUAUAAAAAUAGUCAAUCUAUUUUUCUCCUGUCAGUACAAUAAAGUAAGCCUGGGAAGAAAAUUCCAAGUGCAAUGUUUCUUCUUUUUAUUGGGUGAACAUUAUCUUUGUUCUUCUAUUGGCCAAUUGACUACACUCUAGAAUUUUCCUUGGACAAAUAAUACU